GAGAAUGGCCUUACGUGGUUUUUUGUUAUUAGCAUUUAGAAAUAUUUCACUAGUACACGAUGCAAUCUGAAUUAUUUCCAGUGACUAACUCGGAGAUUUUAUCGCCAGUCAAUUCUUUCAUUAGUUCGAGCAGUCAUGCUAUUCAUAGGUAGUCGGACCGAGAGUGAAAACAUGAAGUGUACGAAACAGGAAUUACGAACGAAAAUGAUUGUAGAAAGGUGUAAAACAGUAUUAAUACUAUCUAGUUUGGUAUGUACGGUGGCUGUUUUAAUAUCGUUACAUAGGUUGUUAAGUUAUGAGCCAAAGUUUACGAAACCAUUUUCGCCCAUCCCUUCUGGUUUAUAUGGAAAUUACUUGGAGCCAGUAAGUGAUGACACACCCGCGCCUGUGCCCCCGAAACGCCCGGACAGAGCUCGAGACGCGGAAGCUGUCGUGUCACUAAACGCUGCGUUAGAAAUGAAGAAAGUUGGCAAAGCUGAUAAAGCUCUUAAACUCUUCCAACACGCUUUUGCGCUAUCCCCUAAACAUGCUGACAUAUUAAACCACUACGGAGAGUUCCUAGAAGACACAAAAAAGGAUGUUGUAAGAGCAGAUCAACUCUAUACUUUAGCUUUAACGAACUAUCCCGAUCAUACCGGGGCUUUGUCAAACAGACAACGAACAGCAAGCAUAGUCGAGAAUCUAGACAGAGAAAUGUUAAGAAAAAUAGAUGAAAAACGAGAUGCAUUAUUAUCAAUACCAGAAAAUAACUCUGCUUUACGUAGAGCAAAGAAAGAGGCAUACUUCCAACAUAUUUAUCAUACCGUUGCUAUAGAAGGCAACACAAUGACACUUUCUCAAACAAGAAGUAUUUUGGAAACCAGGAUAGCAGUGUCGGGGAAGAGUAUUGAUGAGCAUAAUGAGAUCUUAGGCCUUGAUGCGGCUAUGAAGUACAUAAACUCCACAUUACUCUACCGACUAAGAGCAAUAACUAUGGGUGAUGUGUUGGAGAUCCACAAAAGAGUACUAGGGCAUGUGGAUCCAGUAGAAGGUGGUCAGUUUAGGAGAACACAGGUGUACGUUGGUGGGCACAUACCACCAGGGCCAUCGGAGAUACAGAAGUUGAUGGCACAGUUCCUGGAAUGGCUCAAUUCAGAAGAUGCCUUAGAACUGCACCCAGUAAGAUACGCAGCACUAGCCCACUACAAGUUGGUACACAUCCACCCCUUCAUCGACGGCAACGGACGCACGUCCCGGCUCCUGAUGAACCUGCUGCUUAUGCAGGCCGGGUACCCGCCCGUCAUCAUACCGAAGCAGCACAGACAUCUGUACUAUCAACACCUGCAGACUGCUAAUGAGGGAGAUGUCCGGCCGUUUGUUAGAUUCAUUGCUCAAUGCACAGAGAGGACACUGAACCUGUACUUGUGGGCGACAAGCGAAUACUCCCACAUGGUGCCAGCUAUCGGGGACCCCGCUAUACUCAUCACCGAGGACUUCGAAGACGACCCGCUAUGACCCCACACCAUCUAGAGACUAGUGAAAUUAUCCAAGUGUGAUUAUAACGUGAGGAAACAAGAGCAUUCAACAUCGUCCUUCUAGCAUUAUCCCGUUUUUCACAGGGUCCGCUUACCUAACUUGAAGAUUUGACAGGUCCGGUCUUUUUACAGAAGCGACUGCCUGUCUUACCUUCCAACCCGCGAAGGGAAAACCAGCCCCAUAUAAGUUAGGUCACAUACCUCCAAAACAUACAUAUAUACAGAACGAAAACUUUGAGGAAUCAUUCGGGCAAUGAUUCAGAGUUCAUAUCAAAUAGAAUUUUCCGUCGCAAAAGUAUGGCACGGAAAAUAAAUUAAAAACACAAAAAAAUUCGUGAAUUUUCCGACAGGAAAAUCCACUUGAUAUUAACUCAGAAUCAUGGUCUGAAUCAUCCCCCCCAGUAUUCGUUACGAUGUCACUAACACCCUGUAUUCAUCAACAGCAUAUUUAUAUGUAUACACGUGACAGCCCUGUUCGGAGAACACGUGACUUACGUUAUAGUGUCGCGGGUUCGGAUCCCGGCUCGAAUUCUGAACCACUAUUCGACUUUAAGAGUUUGAAUUGACGUUUGAGUCAUAGAUAAUUGAUAUCACAUGGUUUCCAGGAUUUGUGCCCGCUAAUGGCAAUAGACCCUCUAUAACAUGGGGCUUAAACAUAACUGGAGUGCGUGUAUCUAUAUAACUAUAAAAUGUACACAUCUGCCUACCUCUUUAGGGACACAGGCAUGAUGCUAUACGUGUCCCAAUGUACACAGGUCUCUCGCGACUAGUAAAGGUGCUUUAAGCGUGUAGCCAACCAGCGGAAAUCCAUAUACACUUCUCAUCAAAAAAAUCGAAACACUUCCGUUUUCAUUGUUUCUGUCCGAAUUUAACACAAAAAAGAAUUCAUACGAUGAAAAAAAAUACAUAAAUGUAUAGCUGGCAGUUUGGCCAUUACAGUAAUAAGCGAAAAUUCUAAAUUCAAAAUUAGAAUUUCAUUUGUUUAUCUUAUAAACGAAAUGAAUCACUGUUUUGAGACAAAUGUGUGUUUAGGGUUGGAGUACAUUUAGCGUUUAAAAACUAAAAAUUGGCGCCUAUCCUUAAACUUUUUGUUUUUUAUUUCAAUACUGUGACUUUGGGACGUCUGAAAAAAGGUUUUUUUUCUAAAACGUAUGGAUACUUCGCCCACAGAAGCCGCCCAAGUUGUGGCAUUGCUGGAUUCUGGCCUUAGUCAGCGUGUUGUGGCUGCAAGACUGCAUCUAAGCCUGUCAUCUGUUCAUAGAGUCUAUAAACGUUAUCGGGAGACUGGUUUGUUCACGCGCCGUUCAGGAUCUGGCAGGAAUCGGGUCACUUCUGAGCGAGAUGAUCGAUUUAUUGUAACAACUUCUUUAAGAAAUCGACGCCUUAACGCUUUUCAACUGCAGCAGCGGCUUCGUGUUGUACGAAGGGUGGCUGUAAGUGACUCUACAAUUAGAAGAAGGUUGAAGGAUCGUGGACUGGUACCACAUAAGCCAGCAAAUGGGCCGAAAUUAACUGCAGACCAUCGAAGAGCGCGCCUUAACUUUGCACGUGAGCACCUAAAUUGGUCAUACCUACAGUGGAGCAAAGUUCUCUUUUCUGAUGAGUGUAAAAUUAUGCUGUAUGGUAACGACGGAAGGAACAAGGUCUACAGAAGAGACGGAGAACGCUAUGCACAAUGCUGCAUUGAAGAAAAGGUCAGCUAUGGUGGCGGUACGUGGACGGUUUGGGGAGGAAUCAGCGCCGACGGUAAGACAGAGCUUGCUUUCGUGUCUGGGCCACGUCUGCCUGCACUAAACUGUCAUCGGUACGUCGAAGAGUGUCUCGAGCCUCAUGUGAUGCCCUAUGCACAUUUUAUUGGCAACGGCUUCAUAUUCAUGCACGACAAUGCUAGGGCUCACACCGCGGGCGUCGUACGAGAUUAUCUUAACGAAGUCGAUAUCUCUAUUAUGGAAUGGCCAGCAAGAAGCCCGGACAUGAAUCCCAUUGAACAUCUGUGGGAUGAAUUAAAGAGAUGAAUUCGAGCAAGAGAUCCUGCCCCAGAAACACUUAGCCAGCUGCAAGAUGCAAUCCAAGAGGAAUGGGACAAUAUACCACAGCAUGUGAUCGUGACUCUCAUCCGAUCGAUGAAGAACCGUAUGGAAGCAGUAAUUAGAGCUCGGGGAGGGAAUACAAGUUAUUAAAUAAACGUUUUUUAGCUUUUUUUUCAUUUACGUGUGUUGUUUUAUCCAUUUCCUUUAUACUCCAUACGGAAUAAAAAUGACUCAUUUAACAAAAUACGAAACCUAUGAAAAAUUCAUUUAAAUUUAGAACAUUAACAUUAAGAUUUGAUAAGCUCAUAUUACUCACUAUUAAACGACAUUUAACAUUUAUUCCUAAAUGUACACAUUUUUCUGAUAAUCCUGACAAAACGUAAACUUGCAAGGUGUUUCGAUUUUUUUGAUGAGAAGUGUAUAUAUCCGUGCAUUAGUUAAUACAAAUCUGGCAGCACGGAACCGUACUUCCCCAUGAUUCUAUCACUUUAAUUUAUCAAUUUAUCGUAUCUUAUGCUGUAUAGAAUUCAAGUAAAGUGUGUGGACAUUGGAACAGCCGUUUAGGGCGUAAAGAGAGGUAUGGAAUUCCAUAAAGUUUACUCGAACUUGUUAAAAAGGCGGUAUGUCUACGGAUGACUAAGACAUUUAGAAACAUUUCGAUCGAUUGGGAUAGGUUCGUUAUCGUUUGAAAGCUGCAUCUACUGUGUACUUACGUAGUAUUAUCUUUUGAAAAUAACAAUCAAGAACUCGUGACUAAACACAAAAAUAUAAUAGUUAAAAGUGUAUGAAAUUGAUCUACCAUAACGAAAAGAUCUACCAUAAAAUGAUAAAUAUUGAAACUCUUGCGUUAAGCUGUUGACAAUAGGAAAGAUAAGCGCACAAAGGAUAAAAAACUAUUGUUUAAUCCAAAAAUAAUUAAAAACGCAAAAACUAAAUCCUCGAGAUAAAGACGCACAGGAUUGCUCAAUUUUGCUACUAGUAUAAAUAAAAAAGAAAUUGCGUAUAAUGUAGGUGUGUUUAUUUUUUUUCUAAUCACAAUCGUUAGAAACUAAUGCGGUUAUUAACAUCAGCAAUCCUAUUGAAAACCACAUCCGUGACUAUUUCUUACCAACUUAAGAGUAGGAUUACUCUUGCUUGUGGCGCCAUAUGCCUCUUAAAACGUGACAUAUUAUUAUCUCUCGUCUCUUUCGCGCUAGGGGAUAUAUAUACUAUAUAUCUGUCCUGCUCUCAUUGUAAUGAUGCUACGUUUUCAGGGGUGUAAUGCGAAUAAUUUACGUUUCAGAGGACAAAAUUGGCAACUUUUGACGGCUAUAGCUAUUUAUUCGGGGGUAUCUCGUAUAGGUAACUGAAUUAUUUCAAAAAUAUCAACACUGGAAGUUAAGCAUCAGAAAAAGUUGUUACACCAAAGAGACUUAUUACUUAAGAGUGUGUAUUGAUAAAUAAUAACUUGAUCAGACAUUUAUGUUCAAAGAUUCGAACGCACGUUUCUUGCAUUAGAAAUAUAAUGUAUUAUAUUUUUACAUUAGAUUGAUGAUAAAAUGAUUUCGAUUUAAUUUAAAUGUGCGUUUCAAUCUUUAUUUAGACCAUAGGUUUAGUACAUCACUUCAUUGGUCUGUGAUAAAAAUACUGUAUAUUUAUUUUUAGUAUUUUUUUUAAUAAUUAAUACAUGACAAUCCUAUGUAAAAAUAAUCAUUUUAUUUUAGUCGUCUUGCCAUAUUAUGUGUAUCAUUGUACAUUUGUUUUUUCUUUUAUGUUUUCUUAUCCAGGUUGUCUUCCAAUUUAAUUUGUUAUUUUCUUAUUUUUAUUGCAUUUCCAUGAUAUCAGUACAAACAAUGUAAAUAUAUUCUAAUAAAAAGCCCUAAAAUAAUAAUAAAGAAGUAUUGAUUUAAUUAUGA